AUGCUCCGCCCAUGGCUUCGUCGCGGCACGCUCCGCGCUCUCAGCCUACCUGCUCGGACAGUCCCUCCAUUGGUUAAUGUCCGCUUCUCCUCCACCCCAGCAGCGCAAACCCCCGAUCGGGUCCCUCUCCGCAAACAACUCAAACAACAAGCCAAAUCCCUCCGAUCACACAAGAGACAACGCAAGGAGGACGAAGAAGCAUCCCGGCAAGAAUGGGAACUGACUGUUGGCGUGGAGAUCCACGCGCAAUUGGAUACAGAGGCUAAAUUGUUCUCACGAGCUGCAACCUCCACCAGCGAUGUUCCCAAUUCCAACGUUGCCCUUUUUGACCUAGCGUUCCCGGGUAGCCAGCCGGAAUUCCAAAUUGCGACCCUCCUCCCGGCUCUACGCGCUGCUAUCGCCCUAAACUGCGAGAUCCAGCCUGUCAGCCGAUUUGAUCGGAAACACUACUUCUACCAGGAUCAGCCUUCGGGCUACCAGAUCACUCAAUACUAUGAACCAUUUGCCCGGAACGGAUACGUGGACUUGUUCGACUACGAUGGCAUCGCCCCGGAAGACGGGGACCGCGUGCGCAUCGAUAUCAAACAACUGCAGCUUGAGCAGGACACGGCCAAAUCGCAGGAAUAUCCGCCCACGACCCAAUUGCUGGAUUUCAACCGUGUCUCGCACCCUCUGAUUGAAAUCAUCACGAUGCCGCAGAUUCACACACCGGCGACCGCUGCAGCCUGCGUGCGGAAACUGCAGGCCAUUGUACAAUCGUGCGGCGCCGUGACGACGGGCAUGGAGCUGGGUGGUCUCCGUGUGGACGUCAACGUGUCCGUCCGCCGUCGGGACGAGGCCGCGGGCCAGCACCAGUACAACGGUAUCAGUGGGCUGGGCCAGCGGACGGAGAUCAAGAAUCUGAGUAGUUUCAAGGCCGUCGAGGAUGCCAUCAUCGCCGAGAAGAACCGACAGAUCGGAGUUCUGGAGAGCGGCGGUGUCAUCGAAGGCGAGACGCGCGGAUGGACCAUCGGCAGCACCGAGACCCGUCGACUGCGCGACGCCCUCAUCACACUCCUCGUCGGCGCCGAGCACCGACUCUCCAUCGACGACGCCAAGCCCUUGAUCGAACUAGACGACGGCGCUCGCCUCGAGUACUACCACGACGUAGUCGACACCCUGCACACCCUCCAGGCCGACCAAGACGCCGCAACGCGCGCCGGCCUCGGUCGGUCCGUGGGCAACUGGGUCCUCCACGAGCUCGGCGGGCUCCUCACCAAGUCCGACCGAGACUGGGACGCGGAGAUCGUCCCCGCUCACUCCCUCGCCGAACUCCUCGACCAGCUCCAGCGCAAGCGCAUCACUGGCCCCACGGCGAAACAGGUCUUGUCCGGUAUCUUCGACGGUGAUCGUCGUCCGGUGUCUCAGAUUUUGGAGGAGGAGAACCUUCUCCUGCGGCCGCUGUCCCGGGCGGAAUACGUGGCGCUGGCGCAGUCGGUUAUGGCGCUUCACCCGCAAAUGAUUGCGCAGAUCCGCGACAAGAAGCAAGUUGGCAAAUUGGGCUGGUUCGUGGGGCAGAUGAUGCGUACCGGUGAAAAGGGCCGUGUUGAGGCGCCCAAGGCGGAGGAAAUCCUCCGCGAACUGAUUUUGGGUGUCUAG